AUGACAAGAAAACACACGAAGCUCAAAGGGGCCCCCGACUAUGACGACCCGGGAUUCUGGAAUACUCGCUUUGCGACAGGCUGUGAUGUGGGUGAAUGGUUGAACUCUGGUGAAGCGCUUCUAGAUGCAGUCCUAUCAGACCUAGAAAACCGGCCUAGCACCCAGAAGGACAUGAUCAUGACUCCACGUGUCUUGCACCUUGGUCCUGGCGUCUCACAACUUGGAAAUAAGCUACGGGAUCGAUGUAUCGAGCGACAGUGGCAGGGCAAUGGCAUCGUGAAUGCUGACUUUUCUACUGAAGCUGUCCGUCGUGGUCAAGAGUUAGAGACCAAGAAGGAACCGACACAUGCCAUGCACUGGCUACGUGUUGACUUACGGUCCUGGAAUGAUGUCUCUACUCUAUCUGAAUUCGCGCCAUUCGAUGUGAUUCUCGACAAAAGCACUAGCGACGCUCUAGCCACUUCCGAAGAUCAUCACUUAUCCCGUCACGACCUUUUGACUAGUUGCCCAGCUGUUCAAAAAAUACUGUCAAUGAACCCAACCAUCACGCUGAGGCCCGUGGAGCUAUUGGCCUUACAACUUUCUCCUUUGACCAAGAAGGGCUCGACAUGGAUAGCCCUCUCAUAUUCAAGCAUACGCUUUGAUGGACUUCAUCACCUAGCAGACCACUGGACGCUCCGGGCGCGUUUCCCAUUAAGGGCACCUGCUGGUCCCGUUGCCACUUCGAUUUAUGCACCAGAAGUGUUCCAUUGGAUGUACAUUCUGGAGCGGCGAUGA